CCUUUGAGCCCGGCAGAGAGGCAGCAUACAGCGGGGUUUGGGAGCAGAAUGGCCACAGACUUCACUCAGGACACCCUGUUGCAUUUCCUCCAGAUCAGCGGAGGCACGGUGAAAAACGCGGACCUGGUUCUGCACUUCAAAGACUUCAUUAGGGACCACCCGGAUCGGAACCGAAACCGGGAGCUCUUCAAGAAGUUUGUGAACUCCGUGGCCACCGUCCGACAGGUGGAGGGAGUCUCUCAUGUGGUCCUCAGGAAGAAAUUCAAGGGAUAUGUUCCCGGUGACGGCGAAGGGGGCUCUUCGGAGCGACUUCCCGCCGCGAAAGGAGCGGAUACCUGCCCGGAAAACGCAGAGACGCCUCGGCAGAAACCACAGCUCAGGGAGGGGACAACACCCGCCCCGCCGGGAGUCACCGCUGAGAAAACGAGCCUACCUGUGGCCGGGAUCAUGCCCAACAACAACAACACCGUGCAGACAAAUCUGAACAUGAAGCAGCAACAGGUGAGCAGCACACCUGAAGUGUGUGGUAGAACAGCAGCAGCCAAUCAGAUCCCAGAGAAAAGAGAAGUGAAGACCACACCUGUCCAACAUCUGAUCACUAAAGUGGGACAGCAAAGGGUUGGGUUUGGGCCCGGGGUCACACCUGUGGUCAGACAUGAGACCCCUCCUCUUCGUCAAGUGCCUCCUCUUCAUCAGGUGCCUCCUCUUCAUCAGGUGCCUCUUCAUCAGACCCCUCCUCUUCAUCAGGUGCCUCUUCAUCAGACCCCUCCUCUUCAUCAGGAGCCUCCUCUUCGCCAGGAGCCUCCUCUUCGCCAGGAGCCUCCUCUUCGCCAGGAGCCUCCUCUUCGCCAGGAGCCUCUUCAUCAGACCCCUCCUCUUCAUCAGGAGCCUCCUCUUCGCCAGGAGCCUCCUCUUCGCCAGGAGCCUCUUCAUCAGACCCCUCCUCUUCAUCAGGUGCCUCCUCUUCGUCAAGUGCCUCCUCUUCAUCAGGUGCCUCUUCAUCAGACCCCUCCUCUUAGUCAGGAGCCUCCUCUUCGUCAAGUGCCUCCUCUUCGUCAGGUGCCUCUUCCUCAGACCCCUCCUCUUCCUAAGGAGCCUCCUCUUCCUCGGGAUCCUCCUCUUCGUCAAGUGCCUCCUCUUCGUCAAGUGCCUCCUCUUCGUCAGGAGCCUCCUCUUCGUCAAGUGCCUCCUCUUCGUCAAGUGCCCACUCUUCAUCAGACCCCUCCUCUUCGUCAAGUGCCUCCUCUUCGUCAGGAGGCUCCUCUUCAUCAGACCCCUCCUCUUCGUCAGGAGCCUCCUCUUCAUCAGACCCCUCCUCUUCAUCAGACCCCUCCUCUUCGUCAGGUGCCUCCUCUUCGUCAGGUGCCUCCUCUUCAUCAGACCCCUCCUCAUCAUCAGACCCCUCCUCUUCAUCAGACCCCUCCUCUUCAUCAGACCCCUCUGCUGAGUGCCCCACGCCUUGCCAGACACAGGCAGAGCUACAAAUCUGCCGUCUCUUAUGAUGAUGAUGAGGAUGAGGAGGAGGAAGAGGAGGAGGUCCAGGCGAGGCGGGGUUCAGCAGGAGGAGCGUGGCCCCCCAACUAUCCUCUGGGAGACCUGGGGAAGGCCCUCUCCGCCUCCUCGCCCUGCGUCAUAGAUCCACAGACCUCUCCUUCUAUAUCCUCCUCCUCUUCCUCUUAUGCAUCGGAAAGGAAGCUCCCGAAGAUUUACGUCCAGGAUGUGGAGGAGGGGAGACGGGGGCCAACACCUGGGUCUGUUUCAGGGGAAGGGUCCUCCACCAGACGGAGCCUCCCUUUAGAGGCGGAGCGCUUCACCCCAUCCUCUGACAGAGAUACAGGGGUGGUGCCUCGCCGCGAUGGACCCAAAUACGCUUACCCUACAGCUGUCCUCCUGGGGCCCGAUCAGAGCGGGGGUCAGAGGCUCUGCUCCAGCCACAGCAGCAUCUUCUCCCCCUCCUCUGACCCAGAGUUCUCCAGCAACAACUGGCCGCUGUCGGGCUCCUCCAGAGGGUCCGGGUGGAACAGCAGCUGUGAAGAGCUACAGGCAAAACCAGCAGGUGCGGUUAGGGGCGGGUCUAAAAUCCAAGAAGUACUCCACCGAGCCCAGGGGCAAAAAUUGGAGUCGCAACAUGCCGACAGCCAUUUCCAUGACAACCAGGAGCCAACCGGUUAUUUGUCACCAUUCCAUCACUCAAACGACCACAACUCUACAGUUGGUGUGGUGCCCUGGCAUCUUUCCACAGGAGAUCUCUACGACGACCGAGAAGACGCAGAGUCCAGCGAAGGCUCCGCCUCCUCGCAGCCGCGGCGGGGGGCCGCUCGGCGAAUCAGCAGCCGGCUGAGGAGCAGGAUGUGCCGCAGCCUGGGAGCCGAUCUGGACCAAAUCCUGCAGGAGGAGGCGCGUGCGGGGGGGGGGCAGCGAGGCGGCCCGACUGAACCGCCUCCACCUGAUCUCCUCGUCUCUCAGCCUGCGGUACGACCUGUCCACCUCCUCCCUGUCGUCCUGCUCCACCCCCCCCACUGCCACAGCCUGGCAGACCUGGGGGAGGUCAGAGGGGGGAGGAGGAGCUCCCCCUGCACCCCCGCCUCUAACACCAAUGACCAGGAAGGGCCCACUAGACAGUCCCUGGUUCCUCUGGAGCCCAAGGAGCACGCCUGGCUGGUGAAGGGCGCGGCGGGGGCCUGGCCCGACAUCUACACCCUCUUCAGAGAGGACUCGUCGCUGCUCAACAGGCAGGACUUCAUCUCCGGCUUCACCGUGCUGCACUGGAUCGCAAAGCACGGCGAACACAGAGUCCUCAACACCUUAUGGUAUGGAGUUGAGAAAGCUGGUCUGACCUUCGAUGUGAACGCCCGGUCGACAUGCGGCUACACGCCCCUCCACAUCUCCGCCAUGCACGGCCACAAGAACAUCAUGAGGCUGCUGGUGACCAAGUUCAGCGCCGACGUGAAGCUGAGGGACACGGCGGGGAAGAGGCCCUGGCAGUACCUGAGCCGCGGCAGCGCUCCGGAGGUCUUCAUGCUGCUAGGGGCUCCAGUCAAAGCUACAGGGGGAGAGGGGGGAGGAGUCGGGGGGGAAAACCCCAACGUGAAACAACGCCAGUCCCACCCUCGCCGCCGUCGCCAUCACCUCUCCUUCGCCUCCCCCACCGAGAGGCCUCUGACCAUGUCCGGCACGCAGAGGGUCAAAAGGUCCACGUCCAUCGCUGCGUUCCUAAAACACAAAUCACUGCAGCACUUCCACGGACACCAGUCUGACACCUCGGUUUAAACACUCUACUGGUGGAUGAACUGGGAUUUGGAUUGGUUUGCUGACUUCUGCUCUUACCUUGUAGUCUAGUUGCCAACGGUGUGAACCCGGAAAUGUAGAGAACCCCAAGGCUCUAUGUUUGAAAUGAGUAGGAAGUGUCCCAAGUUCAUAGAAACCGCUGGAUGCUAACUUGCAUAUGUUGUGCAAUUUGCAUUUAUUAGCAUAUGCAGACGAUGGCUACAACAUUUAUUGGGCGAUAUGGACCAUUUUGGUGUGGUUUUCGAGGUACAUUUAAGGAUGGUGAAUCAAUUUCUUACAAUUUUAGGAUCAGAAAUGGCAGUUGGAGUCCAUAAAAACAUUCAAAUCUACCCAAAAAGUCAUCAAAAUCAGCCCACGGGGAAAACAAAUAAGUAAACUUUCUGGAUAAAACUGCCAUUUUUGAUCCUGGAAACUUCAGAAAUGGAUUCAACAUCCUCAAUAAACCCCAAAACAACUCCAAAAUUGUCCAAAACAGCCAAGCCAAUUUUAAACUAACAUCUACAUAUGCUAAAUAAUGCUAAUAAUGCAACUUAUGCUCAUUGUGCAAACAUGAAGGUUAGAAUCCUGCAGUUUCUAUGUGCUGGCGACUAACAUAACACGUUGGUGUACUCAACAUAUCCUGGUUCACAACAGGACUCUAUGAGCUGGCUAACAGUCUGUUCCCUCAGUUUGCAUCUGUUGUGUCUACACACUUUUAAAAAAGGAAUUCAAAUGACUGCAACAACAGGAAGCACUCGUUUCUGCACCGGAGCGUUCAGUUUGACCAGAUAUGUAUCCUGUGUUUGACAAAGAAUGCUGGAUCGGAGACGCCUGAUGGAUGAAUGCAGAAGGAUUUGUUAGCACUUGCAGAUCAGCAAGGGGGGAUCUGCUUUCAGUCGAUGUGUGGAGACAAAAGAAACAGCCUGAAAAUGAAAUUGCAGUGAAAAGAACUUUGGGGAAGUAGUGGACAAAACAUGAACACCUGUACAAUAACAUCUAAUCCUACUACAAUAGGACAUUACUUGUUGCUGGCACUGAAGCAGAAGUGAGGUGGUUCAUUCCAAAAGGAGAUUAUUAUUAAAAAAAAAUAUGACUUAUUACCUACAAAGAAAAGUAGUCGUUUAAGAUACAAAAUCACCAAUUAACCACUUUGUAACAUUUGUGUUUGUCCGGAUUAAGCAAUCAAGUUAUUACACAUUACUUUUGGACGAAGCUUAACCCUUACCCUAGUUUCAUAUUAUGUAUAGUACCGAUGAGUCGUGCCAAUUUUCUCUAAAAUGUCCACAAAAUAUACUUUAAAUAAGUGAGUACAAUGCUGUAAAUAAUUAUAUUAAUGAUUACAAGACAAAGAGUUGGCUUGUGAGGGUGUGGUAACGGUUUGCACUUCAUACAGGAUUUGAUGUAAAAACACACGUACUCACUUUGUAAAUGAUUGCUGCAAUAAGUAUAUUUUGUACAGUUUUUUCACAUCACAAAGUAUUAAAUGUUUCAAAGUUU